AUGUCACAAUUUUCAGCGGAUCUAUGCCUUUUCGACCUAGAUGGUACUAUAGUGAGUACAACGGUGGCUGCAGAGAAAGCCUGGACUAAAUUGUGUCGCGAAUAUGGAGUUGAUCCAUCUGAGUUAUUCAAACAUUCUCAUGGCGCAAGAACGCAAGAGGUGUUGAAAAGGUUCUUCCCAAAAUUGGAUGAUACAGAUAAUAAAGGUGUUCUUGCUCUAGAAAAGGAUAUUGCUCAUAGUUAUUUGGAUACUGUGAGUCUUAUUCCUGGUGCAGAGGAUUUGCUGUUAUCGUUAGAUGUGGAUACAGACAACAAAAAGAAGUUACCUCAAAGAAAAUGGGCCAUUGUUACCUCUGGUUCUCCGUACUUGGCAUUUUCAUGGUUCGAGACAAUAUUGAAAACAGUAGGGAAGCCUAAAGUUUUCAUUACUGGCUUCGAUGUCAAAAACGGCAAGCCAGAUCCUGAGGGUUAUGCAAGAGCUCGUGAUUUAUUGUGUCAAGAUUUGAAAUUAGCUGGCAAAAAGGACCUGAAAUACGUUGUUUUCGAGGAUGCACCUGUGGGCAUAAAGGCUGGCAAAGCAAUGGGUGCUAUAACAGUGGGAAUAACAUCUUCGUAUGACAAAAGUGUUCUGUUCGACGCUGGUGCGGAUUAUGUGGUUUGUGAUUUGACACAGGUUUCUGUGGUCAAGAACAAUGCAAGUGGUAUUGUCAUUCAAGUGGAGAACCCGUUGUCGAAGGACCAAACAAAUAAGAAUAUGACGAAACAGAGUACAUAG